AAAGUCGAUCUGUCAGCCGCCGUGGCUUUCUCACCGCGGUGAUCCGCCAUGAUCCCGCGACAUGCCAUGUGCUCGCGCGCCUCGAUUUUUCAAGGAUGCGUGCAACGCGCACCGAGGCUUCUUUGUCCACGUUGCCGCCCGCUCCGGCGUCGUCGAGCCGCGAUCCUCGACUACGUGCGGCCGAACAAUCGCGGAUCUCGCAGGCUUCUGGACAAAACGCCGGACUUGAUCGUCGCCAACCUCAUAUCAUGGCGGUGUAACGCGGUCUACGUGCGACGACGUUUCUUUAUGCGCGACACGCUUUUCUUACCGCCCUCGACGGGACGCGACGCCGGCACGCGAUCCGACGGCAACGUCCGCCGACGAUUGUACACGCCUCAAAAUCACGCUGCUGCACGCGGAGUCCUCGCGAUCGGCGUCCGGCAUUUCUCGGUUUCCAGUUCGUUCGCGUUGAACAUGUCGAUGUUGCUUUGUCGCGCGAUUUCGUUAACGUGCGCGUGUUCGUGAAGCAUCACUGAGCGUCGGAGCUCCCGAUGCAUGCUUCGGCGUAUGUCUGAACUUUCGCCGUAUUUCACGUUACUGAUUACCUAGUUUUAUUACUGUUUGGCAUGACAUGAACACAAUGUAAAUGUAACGUUUGUUUCAUGACUUACGAUAUGUAAUAUCGAGUACGCGUGGGGAAGCUCGAGUCGUAUAGGGACCUGCAGAAAAAUGGAAGGGAAUUGAAUGCAGACCAAAAGACUGCUGUGGCAAAAUACGAUGAGGUGCUUCAAACGUUGGACAUUACUCGGGACUUGUAUAAGCAAAUCGUCAACAUUGCCAAUGAUGCGGUUAAACAACAGAAAAAACUGGCAAGGAAAGAGGCUGUUGAGCGUAUGCAACAGGACAUUGCAAAGGUGAAGGAAGUACUACUUACUCAACAUGUCUUGAUAAGCAUAAACACAGAUUCCGUGAGAGACGACUUCUUUCACGGAAAGAACGGCGCUAUAAAACUGUCGGAAGAGGAAUUCAAGUACCUCGACAGUUUAUAUAAUGAGAUAAUCAUAAAACAUCAGCGUGAGGAAGGCGAUCUGACAUUUGCUCAGCAAGCGCAAAAAGUGGCCGAGCAUUAUGUUGCGAUCGUGGACGGAAAGCAACGUGAAGUUAUUGGCACUACGUACAAUAAAUUGAAGGAGAUCAUCGCCAAAAUCAAUCAAUGUGGCUACUUUGAUCAAGUUCACGAAUGUUCGGAGGCAACACCCAUGGAAGAGAUUAUUGAGACUGUGACGGAGACCAACAUUACCAAUGCAACGCAGGAACAGGUCAAUGAGGAGUAUAGCAAUGGCAAUGACAGGCACAUUCCACCAGAAUCCAUAAUACCUAUUCCAAAUUUUCCAGUCCAAGUUACCACGCUUCCCGUUGUUUCUGGUGCCGCUCCAGUCUCGGGACCCAUACCAGUUGUUCCGCAGCCCAUGCCACCUCAUCCAGCCGCGCCGGUUGAUACUCCUUUUUAUACGAAUGCCACUAACUUUGUUCCGCAACCGCAACAGCAACAGCAGCAGCAACAGCAAGCUCAGCAAUCUCAACAGCAGCCUCCGCCGGCGCCCCGUAUCAAUGACGUUAUAGGCACGCCCAACUUCUUUUUCUUGCAGGAAUCUGAACUUGAUUCGGAUGUCACAUCGCAAACACCCAUCGUACCACACAUUCCUCCCACAGUUAAUGCGCCCAUUCCCACGCAAACCUUCACAAAUCAGAACUUCGCAAAUGCGCCUGUGGGUGUACCUCAACAGGUCAUAUAUCAACAUCAACCACCGCAGGAUAUAUCGCACAUUCCUGGUUUUGCGAAUCCUAAUCCACCACCUCCGAUUCCGAUGCCACCUUCUCAUCAGCAGCCGAAUAUGCAAUAUAGCCCGCAACAUCCGACAGGUUUUCAGCCUCAACAGCCACAACAGCAACAAAAUGCUGCGCAACUACCGCAGCAAGGUCAAAUGCAGAAUUUUAAUGAGCAAACACAUGCACAAGAAGCUCCAACAUCCACAGAGGAAAAGGUCGAAAAUGGUCAAAAUGAAAUUUCUGAAUCAUCAUUGGAACAGCAAAAUGAAUCUAUUGAUUGGUGUCAGAUGACCGAGACCAAUGACUGGAAUCAGACUGAUCAACAGCAGCAAUCUGUUCAAGAUUGUCAGCAAGCAUCGCAACAAACAUCUCAACAGUCUUGGGCGUCUGACCAACGUGGUGGAUACAGAGGAAGAGGAGGCAGAAGAGGAACCUCUAAUAGUUAUAAUAGCAGGGGCAGGGGAAAUUAUCAGCAAAAUGGACGCGCAGGACAAGGCUCAUAUUAUCGCAAUGAGAAUAACUACCAAAACGGAUAUCAGCAGCGUACCUGGGGUAACAACGAAGGAAAUAACGGAUAUAAUACCGGUUUCAAACGUGGCAGUGGCGGAGGCUCAAGAGGUACACGUAACGACCGCGUUGGUCGCGGACAAUUCAGAGGACAAAGGGGGAGCAACCGUGGUGGAUACGUGUCACGCGGAAAGCCUCACACGCAAUAAAGGAGAAAAAAGGAACAUUACAGCUAGCGUAAAUGCACAGUAAACACACUAAUGAUGCUCUGCGAUUACGAUUCAACUGUCUAUUUAUGAAAAAGCUUAAGUCGAGACAAUGCAUUUGCAAUAUGGAACUUUAAAGUAGUUGAUACCGUGCAGUAUUGCAUGCUUAAGAAUAUUAUACACAAUAAUAACUUUGAUAUUAAAGAGAUUGAUUAAGUGGAAUGUUAGUUUUUUUUUGUAAUACAGAUUUAACUGUAUUACACGUUUUUUUUAUGUAUUACAUAUUCACACGUGUAUUAAAUAACUCUUAGAAGAUAAAGAGUUUAUUAGUUAUAUACAAAAUAUAAUCUUGCAUCUGAUGUGUGUUGUACAGAGCUACGUAUGACAUGAAAAUUCAAAGAAUUUUUUAUUGGCAUUUGCAGAAACUUGCGGCUUAGGAUAUUUCUUAAAUAUGACAUUGAACAAAUGAAACUUUGUAUUUGAAUUUGGUGUUUGUAAUUACGGGAAGAAGGUUAAUGUUGAUAAAAAAGAUGCAGAGAUAACAUUGUGAUAUAUGAAGGAAAAUCUACCAAAUUCAUUACGUGUGAACCUACCGUGCAAGUAUUAAUGUAUUAUGACAGAAGGCAGGUUUCACAGGGCAACAACAGCUGAUUUACAAAGAUUAGAAAAAUAAUUUUAUUAUAAAAAAAUACAAAAAAAAACGAGAACUCAUACAAACAUUUCAUGUAAAGACUACAAGAACAUAUUUAAAAAUAACGUUAAGAUUAUAAGUAUAUAUAGGCACGACCAUCUUUCUGUCUUGCGUUCAUUUAAAAAAGAAUUUUAGAUACUAGAAAAAAUGAGGAUACAGCGAAGCAACGCCUUCUGAACUGCUAAGGAUAUUUUUGUCUGGCGUACGAAUUUGAGACAAACGUAAAUCAAAAUUUAUUGAGAAAAUAGUAGUUUGGGAGUAGUAAGUAAUUCACGACAUAUAUAUAUAUAUAUAUAUAUAUAUAUAUAUAUAUAUAUAUAUAUAUAUGUAUGUGUGUGUGUAUGUAUGUAUGUCGUGAUAACAUGUGUAUUACGAUCUGCUGUCGCUCCUCCCAUUUUUUCUGGGUGAUUCCAAAAUUCUUUACGGUGAUCGCGUACACAACGCCCACGGCUAAGCGAAAGAGAUUGCAGUGCAAUGUCUUCGUUUACGAUGUAAUGCAUUACCUGAUUUUUUUUGUAUUGGAAAAUGGAAGAAACAUAUGAUUAUUUUUAAAACGGAGGAAACAAUUAGUGUGCGAGGCUUUAGCAUAUAAGUCGAGUUUAUUGUACAAUUAUUAACUAGAUCCAGGAGAAGAAAGAUGAAGAGAAAGAGAGAGAAAAAAAAAUGUUUCUUAUAUUGCGCCGCCAAUAAGCCACGCACCACACCGAUGAAAAGUACUGUUUAUUGUAUUUCGUUUGUACAUUUGUGUUUAAUCACUGUCCAUCCCAACCUUCUCUAUCUUGAUUAUGUUAAACUAUCCUAUGAAUACCUGUGUAUCUUCCAAAUAAAGAUCUAAUUCAACCGCA